GAUGAAGGUGAAACAGAGUGAGGCCGAGCGAAAUUCACAAUUUUCCAAAGGAAAAAGAAAAAAAAAGAAAAAAUUCGGGAGAUUUUUCAGUGACUGUUCUUGUUUUCGAUCUUCGUCUUCUUCUUCAAUUCCCCCCUCUGUAAUCCCCGCUUCUCUGAAUCCCUUUCUGUUAAUCAUCUGUCUUUCAGUUUUCUGAUUUUUGGGUUUGUUUUAGAAUUGAACAGAAAAAGCAAACUUAAGAAAAAGGGUUUCUCGAAAGCACAGAUAGACUUCGAGGGUUGUUUUUUGAUCCCUCUUGGAGUUGAAAGGGUCGGUUAUUACAGUACAAACCCUUUUCUCUGUAGAAACACUACUUGUUUUCUUCUUCUUCUUGUUUCUGUUUUGAAUUUAGUAGAGAAAUUAUGGCUGCUUUGAUGGAUUUUUAUGGUUGCAGAGAGAUUCAGUCAGAUCCAUUUGGUGGUGAAUUAAUGGAAGCACUUGAACCUUUUAUGAAAGUUGCUUCCUCUUCUUAUUUUCCUUCUUCUUCUCCAGAUUUCUCUUCCUCUUCUUCUAUCCAAACAGAGUCCACUUCUUAUCCUUCUGAUUACUCUCCUCCGAUGACCCAUUUAUUUUCCAGUGGGUUUUCGGGUCAAGAUUUCCAUGGCGUAGAGCAAUCAGCUUCUAUUGGACUCAAUUACCUGACCCCCUUUCAGAUCCAACAGAUCCAAUCUCAAUUCGGUCUCCAGACACAAAUCCAGCCAGUUUGGGGACAGAUCAACAACCAAAUAGCGAGAAAUCAGAGCAACAGCGCCGGAAAUUUGCUUGGACCGAAGGGGAUUCCGAUGAAACACGUCGGAUCUCCACCGAAAUCGACGAAGCUUUAUCGAGGCGUGAGGCAAAGGCAUUGGGGAAAAUGGGUGGCUGAGAUCCGUCUUCCGAGGAACAGAACUCGGCUAUGGCUUGGCACCUUCGACACCGCCGAAGAAGCCGCUUUAGCCUACGACAAAGCCGCUUACAAACUCCGAGGCGAUUUCGCCAGACUUAAUUUCCCUCACCUCAAGCACCAUGGCUCCUCCGUCGGCGGUGAUUUCGGCGAGUACAAACCGCUACACUCCGCCGUCGACGCCAAGCUCGAAGCCAUCUGCCAAACCUUGGCAGAGUCGCAGAAACAGGGGAAAUCGGAUCGAAGGAAGUCGAAGUCAUCGGGUUCUCCUACCUUCGGAUCGGAGUCUCAGACACCGACGGUGAUCGAUUCCGACGACGAAGUGAAGGCGGUGGAUGGUAGAUCAAGUGGAUCGGAGAUCUGUUGCAAGGCGGAGAAGUCCUCGUCGCCGGUUUCUGGCGAGAGUGAUGAGUCAGCAGGGUCUUCGCCUUUAUCGGAUCUGACGUUCCCGGAUACGACGGAUUCGGCAUGGGAACAGGCUACAGAAAGGUGUAUGUUGCAGAAAUAUCCAUCGGAAAUCGAUUGGGCAUCGAUAUUCACGAGUUGAUGUAUGAAUUUGAAAGUGUAUUAGUAUUAGUUUUGAUUAGGAGUGUUGUAUGGUUUUAGGUUGGAUUCUGCGACUAAGUUUUUGCAGUUGGCAGAAUCAGUUGUACGUGAUUUGUGUAGGGCUUCAAAGGGUUAUAUAUUAUAUUAAUAAAUUUGGUUUAGGAAGGGAAAAUGUCCGGCACCGCCAUGGCCGGCGGCCAACUUUUUUGAGCUGUUGGGGCGGCGGGAGGGGAUGUACAAGUAAUGGGGUAGGGAGUAGAUUUCUGUAAUGUAAUAUUGUUCAGUUAAUAAUAAUUUAUUAUUAUGUUGUG